AUGAAGUUACAACUUAUCUUUGCCAUUGUCUUGGCCUCAGUGUUCUGCGCCUCAGCCUUGGACCAAAACGAAGUGAUCGCUCUCCAGUGGAUCUCCAACCAAUACUCACUUAACUGGUCAUUCGGUAAUGAUACCGUUAACUGUGCCAACGCUGGUGUCUUCUGUACUGAUCUCCAGCGUAUCGUUGUCAGAAACGACAGCUCCGUCACCUUCCCAUCAGACUUCCCAACCGGACUCCCAUGGUUGUUCUACGUCGAGGUCACUGGAUCCAGUGCCAUCAAGACCAUCUACACCAAGCUGUUCCAGGGUGCCAUCAGCGACCUCCGCAUUGACAUCACCCCCGUCACCACCUGGAGUGCCGCCGCCACCAUCACCGGCAACCAGAUCCGCAACAUCAACUUGGUCACCUCGGGCCCAUUGCCAUCCAUCACCACUAAGAACUUCCCCAACCUCAACACUGCCCUCUUUGGCUUCAAGGGCACCAAAUCCUACACCCUCAAGCUCAACUUCCCAGCCCUCAACGCCCUCUACGUUCAGAGCAACGGCAAGGUUGCUCUCGAUCUCACUGGCACCUACAAACUGUACGAGUUGAACCUGUUCAACGACUUCACCUCGAUCAAGCCACUCAACCUCGUCACCCUCAAGGUCACCGGCUCCAUCACCCUGGACAACAACACCAGCCCAACCAUCGUCUUCCCAGAGAUUCCAUGGGACAGCACCAAGCGUUACAACCAGAUCAACGGAGGUCUCACCACCUUGCCCGCCGUCGCUGACUUCUUCUGGCAGAACAACAACUUUGUCAACUUGGCCAACAACAAGAUCUCCUACAUCCCAGAGGACUACUGCCACAUCCCCUACAGAAUCGUUGGUUUCACCGACAAUGUUCUCUUGACCUCCGUUCCAGACUGUUUCCUCUGCCAGUGGCACGAUGUCGCCAACAACUUCCGCGGAACCAACGUCGUCGCCCCACCAGCCGACUACGUCUGCCCAAUCUCCCUGGACACCAACACCUACAGCAUUGCCUCCAACGAGACCACCCUCACUGUCUACGGUACCAACAUUGGUUGGGACACCGCCGACAUCAUCCUCGCCGACGGCACCAUCAUUGAGAACGUCGGUGACGUUGUCAUCCCCAACAGACAGUUCAACUUUGAGCUUCCACAGCCAGUCCCAACCGAUGCCUUCCAGCUCCAAUUCGACACCGGUGUCGUCUCCAUCACCGUCACUGUCUACCAGGUCUAA